AAGAAAAGAAAGAACGGAACGAGCUGUUAGAUCGCGAGAUAAGCGAAACUCAAGUUCUCAGGGAGGGCGGCGUAUCGUAUCGUCGCGCUCAUAAUUAAUUUCAAUCUCGUCUCUCGUGCACCCGGACCACACAGCACACCGCCGUUUUCACCCACGUGUACGUCGUAAAGACUUGCACGAGCACGUUAUAUAAGCUACGCGACGGCUUGAUCGGUUUGCAUUGUUGUCGGAGUGAAGUCUGCGUCGUCUCGCGAGUGAGUUAUGGUACCGGCAAUGUCAUCACGGAUCGCGAUAUGGAUGAGCGGAUGCAUUUUGAUCCUGCUACUCGUGUCAUCCGCGCAGGCGAUCGACUACGAAGUCCACAGACGCGACGCGAUAUCGAUAAAUCGGAACGGCAAUGUCAUCCUGACGAGCCGUGACUUCCUCGAAGAGUUAAACUAUAUGGUACCGAAAACGAGCUACACGUUACAAGAAGGCACAGAGCACUUGUUGCAUUUCGGUGCGCUUCUGCGAACGCGAAUCCUCGAUGCCUUCGGCAGCCUCCUGUACGUCUAUUACGAUGACUUCAGCGUAGCGGAAGUGGAGGCGUUGCGCAAGGUAUACCGAGAGAUCCUCGAGCGGCGAUACGACGUGUUCAGUUUGGUCCCCAACGUUCUGAGGAACCCGGACACGAGACCGUCCAGAAUCUGCGCCGAGAUCUACAGACGUGCCAUGGAACCCUGUCUGAGGAGCAGCGCGAGCGUGUGCCGCGGGAUGAUCAGGAGGCAGCAUGAUCUUCCACAUUCCGACGACACGCUCGCGUUGAACAUCACGCAUCAGGUGUACCGUUCGUUCAAGACGUCGGGGCAAUAUCCUAGAGGUUUUUCUCUGGCGAUGCUAUUGAGAUAUCUGCAACGGGAAGAGCUGACAGUCACGCCUGAUCUGCUGUCGGGACUCCUUUUCAACGUGAGAUACGAGAGCUACGACGACGACGUUCGCCUCGCCGAGAGGGAGCUCAUACGACAUUUUCGCGAAAACACGCGGACCAGCGAAAUUUCAGUGCUGUUGCCGACGAGGGACCUCAGACAGUUUCACACCGUUAAUUUCUUUCUCAAGUAUUUUGUCGACAUGUAUGUCGAGAAACUUCCGGACAACGAGGAUCUGAAGAGGUACGCGUUCCUAAUGGCGAAACGCAUCGCCGACGACAUCGGCAUGAUCGACGAGAACAUCCAUUUGCUCGGUAACGUCUAUGAGAAUCAGACGAUUCACGUCGAGUAUCUCUUCGACCUUGUGCUACCCGACGACCUUUUGGAGAAUGAUGUUAUCGAGGCUAAGAAAUACUUAGUGACGAAAUUGUACGAGUUCAAUGUAGUGGAGAGAUAUCUCAAAGUGCAAAAGUUUCAGCAGGCCACUCCCGCUCAAUUGACGAUGGAAAUCACCAGACAGCUGACGGACAUCGAUUUCGCCAAAAAUAUCGCGACGUCUCUGCGGAUGUACGCGAGGUUUUGGCGCAGUAGUCGCAUGAUCGAGAAUCUCGACGAGCUGCUGGAGCUGUUCGACGCUUAUGAGAAUCUGCGACAAGUGCCGCGCUACGUGCGCAUGAUGCGGAUGAUCGAUAGGAUCAAAGAGAGUCUGCGAGAUAUAAAGGAUAUCCCUGUAGAAAUUCUGUGCAACGUUCCGCGAGCUUGUUUGCGAAUAGGUCUACAAUUGGUUUUAUCUUGCAAACUCGUGAGUUCUGAAAUCAAGAACUCUAUCAAAAAUUUCCUCGAGUUGAGCGACGUGUGCGUGGAUCCCGUGUAUAUGGUACAGGAGUCGAGACGCUCGGUGGAAAUCCCGUUCAAAAUGUCGAAAGUGCUUUUCUCCACGGCGCUUCAAACGGCGACUACAUGGCUCACUAAGGAGACAACGAAGACCAGAUUGACGACCGAAACUACGACUCGACCUAGUCCAACCAAAGACAAGGAUUGGAGCGUGUUGAGUACUGAGGAAGUUACGGAGUCUGAAAUAUCCAGCGAAGAGGUUCCAAGGGAGUACUCGGGAGAAUUGAGUACGACAACGACAACCACGCUGAGAACUAUGACUGAGCCUAUAAAGGUGAUCUCGACGACUCAUCAAGAAGAGAUAACCAGCACGUCAGCUGCUAUAACUACUACAAUGUUACCUACAACAACCACAUCAGCACCGACAAUUUCAACAUUACUCACAACGACUACAGCGUUGCCUACAACAACAUUACGACCUACGACAUUGCCUACAACGACUACAACAUUACCUACGACUACGACAACGUUGCCUACGACUACAACAACGUUGUCUACAACGACUACAACGUUACCUACGACUACGACGAUGGUGUCUACAACAACUACAACGUUACCUACGACUACGACGACGUUGCCUACGACUACAACAACGUUGCCCACAACAACUACAACAACGUCGCCUACAACAACUACAACAACGUUGCCUACAACAACUACAACAACAUCGCCUACAACAACUACAACAACGUCACCUACAACAACUACAACAACAUCGCCUACAACAACUACAACAACGUCACCUACAACAACUACAACAACGUUGCCUACAACAACUACAACAUUAUCUACAACUACGACAACUACAAUGCCUAUUACGACGUUACCCUCAACCACACCGGCACCACCGACAACUACUACGACAUCGCCUACAACGACUACGACGAUGUCUACGACGACUACACCUAUGGUCACUACGGAGCCAUCAACCGUCAAUAUCGAAAUGAAACUGAAACGAACAAAAGUUGUGACAAGUAUACCGUACGAUGAUUACGAAAUUACAAAACCAAUGCAAAUGCUAUCUCUUACGACAUCUGCCCCGACAAGAUCCUGCGAGUCCAACGAGUGUACCACUCAGCUAAGUUUAGAGGAAACUAGCCAAUAUAUCGAAACCACGGAAUCUCCGACGAUGACGGAACCGACGACAACGCAGACUUCCAUUCUCGAAACUACUCGAGCAAUGACUCCUGAAUCGUCAACGACUUGCCAAGACGACGUCACUACUGAGGCACCGAUCGCUACAACGACAGAAUUGAAUGUAACGCCUAUCACAAAAGACUGCAGAUCCAAGAGCGAGAGCGUCGAGACGGGAAGGUCCUGCGAGACGAGCUGCGUGUUGGAGGAUUGCGAUGGAGAGGACAGCACCACCAAGGACCACUCUCCGGAAUGCGAUACGGAGAUCGAGGGCAGUUGCGGGUGCGCUACCAAGGAGGAAAAGAGCGUCGAAUGCAUGGGCACGCUAUGUCCCUCGGAUCUUGCGGAGAACUCGUCCUGCGAGAGGAUGCGGAACGACUGCGCGACCUCGACGAUGCCGACGGUGAAGCUCAAGCGAAAGCGCAUACGCGGCAUGUGCGAGAUUCGGGAUCCUUAUCAUCACCGGCAGUUGAAACGGCUGGCAAAGAUGCGGGCGAUCAGCGCCGCGAUGUUGCGCGACGUCAGGCCGAGGACGUCGCGGCGCCGAGACCGGAUCAGCAAGAAGCUGUACAACCUGUUAGCCACCAGAGUACCCUACUCGGAAAACAGGAACAGGAGGAUAGCGCAAUUGCUGAAGCAAUCUCUCGGCGGCAGCCACGACAAAGUUCGGAAACUUCAUCGCAAGCAACGAGAGCAGAUGUACAGUGCUUUGCUGAGAGAGCAAAUGACGAGGAAAGUAAACCGGGAGACGACGAUGCGACAUACGGGAGACGCCACGCCAUUUCAUCAGACCGAAAGGAUACCCGAAAGAUCGAUCAGCGCGUAAAAGGCCGAUGCGAGAUUGCGGAAUUUGUCGAUUUAAAAUUAUGUCUAGCGGAUCUAAUGUCAUUAUAGCGGUUACGUUAUUACCGGACGAUCGGUACCGGACGUGAAUCAUUAUACUGUUCCUCUCAUGCAGCGUUUCUACUCUCCGUCCAUUUAAUCGGGUCAGAGGCGAAAAAUAUCGAGGAACCUAACGAGGUUCGUUCCUAAGGAGCUAAUUAUAUCAGAGACAAGAGCGUUUGUCGAAUUCGGUUAGACACUUACUCGAUAUCCCAGGGUUUUAAGUUAGUCGUCUAUAUUUAAUCCGAGAACCAAAUCGCGAGACUCGUAUGCGUUAUAAAUUAUUAUUUCUCCGAUCUCUUUCUCAAUGCUGCCUUUGACGUUGCAGCAUCGAUCAAUUAAAGUCCGCGCGAUAAUGAGGAUUUUUUUUAUUGGAGUUUUGAGCGACGAAAUUUUUAUGGCGGCUAAGACAUUUCUAAACAUUUUAAAUAAAUCGUUAGAGAUAAAUUUUAUAAAUUCUCAAUGGUUGAUAAAGGUAUAUCCUAUACCCAUUAAAACUUGUAUUUUGAUAUUGUAUCGUGAUCAUUUUUUUUCGCUUAACAGUCUGCUUGUCAGGCUGAAAGAAAAAUGAGAAGCAAAUUUUUUUACAUCAGGGAUCAGAAACAGAAAUUAUGCUGUCUUCGAUGGAAGAUACAUGUAUUUGAAUACUCUUUGAAGAUACUCUCUUCUUUAUUAGAGAAGCUUUUUUUUUCUUAUAGUAAGCGCUGCAUUCGCCGUGCAUUCUCGUUUCGUGGCGAAAUAGCGACGAGGCCCGGCGUGAAUAAACGCCAUAAACGGAUAAGCGGAGCAAACGAUAGAACACAAUGAGAAGUAAAUUUGACAUGGCCGGUGCCCGGCGCGUAAUCUGUCUUAUUAAACGGUCCCGCUCGCAUGUUGAGCGAUUACAUUUGAAUUUACUUUACGCCCGAAAUAAGCUCCGUGUCGCGCUAUCGGGCCAAUUAAUUCUCCAUCCCCAGGAUACGACC